GUGUGGUUGUUGGCGAGGACGACUGGACGGCUGACCCAAAGAGGAAGAAGCCGGUGAAGGGCGGCAGCCGCCUCUUCAUCGGCGCCGCCAUCGACGGGAAGUCGGAAUAUUUCCCGACGCUGUCCAGCAGGAAGCUGGUGGCGGACGAAGAGAGCGUCAACAUGUUCUCUCUGGUCUACCAGGACGAGUUUGUGUCCUCGCAGAUCAAGAUCCCGUCCGACACAUUGUCCCUCUACCCGGCCUUCGACAUCUACUACGUGUACGGCUUCUCCAGCCGCACCUACGUCUACUUCCUGACGCUGCAGCUGGACACGCAGCUGACGCAGAUGGACGCCGGCGGAGAAAAGUUCUUCACCUCCAAAAUCGUCCGGAUGUGUUCCAAUGACACCGAGUUCUACUCGUACGUCGAGUUUCCUCUCGGCUGCACCAAAGACGGCGUGGAGUACCGGCUGGUCCAGGCCGCCUACAAGCAGAAACCGGGGCGGCGCCUGGCGCAGGCGCUCGGCCUGUCGGAGGACGACGAUGUCCUCUUCGUCGUCUUCUCACAGGGUCAGAAGAAUCGCUCCAACCCUCCCAGAGAGACCGUCCUCUGUCUGUUCACCCUCCACGACAUCAACCUGGCCAUGAGGGAGAGGAUCCGUUCCUGUUACCGCGGCGAGGGUAGGCUCUCGUUACCGUGGUUACUCAACAAGGAGCUGCACUGCAUCCACACG